AGAAAUGGCCUCAGAUAAUAAGACCGUUGCUGCCCUGGGUCGACCUUUCACCCUGGGAAUGCUCUAUGAUGCUCGGACAGAUGAACUGAUCCCAGGUUUGACAAUGUGGGAUGAUAAAACUCUACAAGACAAGAUAACUGAAAGCUCUCAACACUCCAGUGCAUUUGACAUAGCUGCAUCUGACUCCACUGAAUCCAAGUGCACUCUGCUGGAUGUUGAAGCUUCUCUGAAGGUCAGUUUCCUGGGUGGACUGAUUGAAGUUGAAGGAUCUGCCAAGUAUCUGAAUGAUCAGAAGAAAUUCCACAAUCAGAGCAGAGUGACACUUCAGUACAAAGCUACCACCAACUUCAAGCAGUUAAUGAUUGAUCAUCUAACCAUGGAGCCCCAACAGAUGGAUGUCAUUCAGAAGAGCUCAGCAACACAUGUAGUCACAGGCAUCCUUUAUGGGACAAAUGCUUUCUUUGUGUUUGACAGUGAAAAGUUGGAGGCCAGCAGCGUUCAGGACAUCCAGGGCAGCAUGCAAGCUGUAAUAAAGAAGAUCCCCUCAUUUGAUUUCGAGGGGAAAGUUAAGAUUCAGCUGACUGAUGAAGAAAAAGCCCUGACACAGAAAUUCUCCUGCAAAUUCUACGGAGACUUCAUUCUUGAAAGCAACCCUGCAACAUUUGAAGAGGCAGUGAAUACCUAUGUACAACUCCCAAAGCUACUGGGAGAAAAAGAAGAGAAGGCUGUUCCAGUGCACGUCUGGCUGAUGCCGCUGAAGAAUUUCAACCCCAAAGCUGCUGAGCUGAAGAAAGAGAUCACAGACAAAUCAGUAUGGAAUGCCCAGGAUAAUCUAGAAGAUUUAAGGGAAAUAGCAAUGAGAUGCAACGAUUCUCUAGAAGACAAAGUGAUAGAGAAUUUUCCUGUGAUUCAUAAACCGUUGAGCACUUUCCAAAAAUUGUGUGGUUAUAAAUGGGCGCCACUUGAUGUGAUGGCCGAUUACUUGAACUUCCCUAAAUUAGGAAGUACCAAUGAAGAUCCAUGGUACUACUCAGAUGAAGUUGUUACCAAAAUGAGAGAAAAAGCCAAAGCUUUCCAUCAAAUUGCCAACCCACUGAAGAACAACAGUCGAUUCCGUUUCCUCAUAGCAACCAUUGCAAACAAGAACUACACAGGCGCAACCAUCUACCAUUACAAGAACCACAUCCUGGUCAGUGAAGAUUUUUCAAAACCUGUCCUCCCUCCUGUGGAGACCAUCACAGACAGAAGAGAUCUCAUCUGGUAUGCCUGUGAUCUCAACCUGGACCCAAACACUGCAAACUACCACCUCACUCUGUCUGAGAGGAACAAGAAGGCAACACAUGGAGCACGGCAGUCAUAUCCUGAUCGCCCAGAGAGGUUUGAUAAACAUCCUCAGGUGUUGUGCAAAGAGAGCUUAUCUGGGCAACAUUACUGGGAGUUUGAGUGGAAUGAUUCUUCUGAAGAAGCUAUUUAUGUUGCCAUUGCAUACAGUGAAAUUGAGAGAAAAUCAGGCCGUCCAGAUAGUCUAAUUGGAAGAAAUACCAUAUCAUGGGCUUUUGGCAAAACUGCUGAUUCUGGAAAUAAGAAACACUCACUUAAAGCAUUUUAUAAUAAUCAGGUGUUGUGGAGCAGUCCUUAUCCCUCUGAUGACUGUAACAGAGUUGGGGUGUAUCUGGACUGGCCUGCUGGCACUCUGUCCUUCUACAGAGUCUCCUCUAACACACUGAGACACUUCUACACCUUUCGCACCACAUUCACUGAGCCUGUUUACCCAGGAUUCAUGGUCUAUUAUGAACAAAACUAUGCAUACCUGUGUCCACUUGAAUAGGAGUAAUACUUCUCGGAUUCUUGGUCUGUAAAUGGGGAUAUGGGUUUACAUUUUAUCUUGAACAUGAUUCACAAAUUUUAAACAAUGCAUUCAAACCCAGAGGGACCAGGAACAUUGAUGAUGUAAUCAAUAGCUGGCUGUAUGUGUGAUUUUCUAUCAAUAUGUUCACGUUGAUUUGAUGAUUUCAUUGCUUGAUAGAUAACAUAUCUAUUUUUAAUAUUGAGUUUCUAUUCUAAUUCUUGAUAGUUAAAGAUAAAGAGCUUAUAUUGAUACACAAGUGCUUCGUCAACACUUGUAUGUUAAAAUAUAACUCAUAGCUGAUGAAAAAAGAUUAAGUUAUUUUGUUGAAAUGAUCAUCAUAAAUUAGCUUAAGUGCCUUUUUGUUUUAUUUAGCAUUUAGUUUUUCUUUGUUCAGUAUUUUCUUAAAUAGUUGUCAGGAAGGAAUCAUGAAGUUAGUCUUUAAAGUCUGUACCUUAAGCUUGACUUUGAGAGGUAAUUUCUGGUUUGGCCACCGUAGGAGUUGAAAUGCACUCGGAAUAGGAGAAAGUAAUUUUCAGUUGGUUGUCAUAUACAAUUUCACCACUAGAUGGGAUACAUUCUUACACAAUGUAGCUUUAAGUACAUUGCUGAUGUUCAUAGAGUUGAAGAAAUGUAUUUUCCUGUUAAUCAGUUGAUGUUGAUUUGAUGCACAGCCUACUUCUCAAACUGCUUAGUGCUUCACAAUCAGUUUCAACUUUCAUCGCGUGUUACAUCACAAAUAAUUAUUUCUAUUGUAACUUUGUAUUUUAUUUCCUGAUACAUAAAGAUACUGAGCGUGUAUAAACAUGUGGUUGCUUUGUCUUUCCAAGUUAUUAUAACUCAUAGCUCUAAAAGAACAAGGAGUCCCUGGUAACAUAAUUUUGUUGCAAACCCUGCUGAUGUUUACAGAGCUGAAGAAAUGUCAGAUUCCUGUGACACUGCAACACCUGUUGGAUAUGUUUACUCUCUUCUUGAGCAGAAUAUUCAAUAAAGUGGAGACCUGACUUCA